AUGGCCCGGCUCUUGGUGCUGACUGUUGGCUUUUGCUGGGUUGGGUUGGUGGCUGCGGAUGGGGAUUGGGCGGCGACCAGCGUCCUGGGGCGUCUCGACGGCCCCAUCGCACUCACGCUGGCCGACCUCGACAACAACAGUCUGCCGGACAUUGUGAGCGUGAGUUCGAACGACAAUACCAUCUGUUGGUUUGCCAACCUCGGAAACGGCUCUUUUGAGCACACCCCGCGUAUCAUCUCGACCAGUGCUGGUGGCGUGAGUACUGUGACGACUGCAGACAUCAACGGCGAUGGCUGGCUCGACGUCGUCGCCGGCUUGACCAACGAUGACCUGGUCGCCUGGUACCGCAACAACAACGGCACCAUCAGCACGCUGCCCGAAAUCAUCGCUGUCAGCGUUUUGGGCGUGUCUUCGGUGGCCACCGCCGACGUUGAUGGUGACGGCUAUGUGGACGUCAUCAGCGCCAGCGCCGGGGACAACUCGGUGGCUUGGUAUCCCAACAACCGUCGAGGCGGCCUGUACCUCCAGCGCCACGUUGUCUCGCGCCAAGUGUGGGGCGUCAAGGACGUCUUCGCCGCAGACAUGGACGCGGACGGAGACAUGGACCUCUUGUGUGCCUGCUUCACGGCCAACGGCGUCCUGCUGUUUCGCAACGAUGGCGCCGGUUUGUUCGGAAAUGCCGAGCGCGUGGCCACAAGCAGCGUCCUUGGUGCCUUUGAUGUCCAGGCCGCCGACCUUGAUGGUGACGGUCACCUCGACGUCCUCGUUGCCGCCGCUGGCCAAGAACAGGUUGCUUGGUUUCGCAACCUCGGCAACGCCACCUUUGAACCACGACGCCGCAUUAUCGAUGCCGCCGCCAAUGGUGCCGUGAGCGCUUUUGCCGUGGAUUUCGACAACGAUGGCCAUCUCGAUGUUUUGGCUGCUCAGGCCAUCAAUAAUACCAUCGUGUGGUACCACAAUCUGGGCAAUGGGGCUGCCUUUUCAUCCCCCAACGUGGUUUCCACCGACAGCUGGGGCGCUGCCGCAGUUGCUGCCGCGGAUUUGGACGCCGAUGGUUUGCCCGAUAUGGUGAGUGCGAGCUUCGCCGACGACAAGGUGGCCUGGUACCGGCACGAGGGACCACGCGUACAAUUUGAUAGACCCCAGACCCUGGCAGCGCGCUAUGCGCUGGCCACCACGGGUGAUCUGGACCACGAUGGCCGGGUGGACUUGAUCCUGGGCUCUUUCACCAAAAACGCCCACUCGGUGGCCUGGCGCCGCUCCCUCAACUUGGCCAAUGAGAGCCUAGCUUUUGACGCACCCCGCGCCGUGGUAGCCCACCCCAUCGGCCCGCAGGCCUUGUUUGUCCGCGAUCUGGACAGCGAUGGGAACCUCGAUCUUCUCUAUGCUUUCAAAGACCAGGAUCAGGACUCCCAUCUGGCCUGGGCCCGCAAUGAUGGUGCCGGUAACUUUGCCACUGCGCCAGCCCAACUGCUCUAUAGCUCAAGCCAUGCCAUUCUCUCGACCACGGUGGCUGACCUCGACGGCAACGGCCACCCAGAUGUGCUCUUUCUUGAUGCGGCGCAAGCUCGCCUCGCUUGGUGUGCCAAUAACGGCCUGGGUCAGUUUGAUACCCCGAGCCUGGUUGCCCAGCUUGAAUACCCACCGAGCUGUCUCAGCACCGCCGAUCUCGACGGCGACGGUCACGUGGACGUGAUUCGCUGCGUCUUUCAGCGCCAUGCCAUCGAAUGGCUACGUAACAUGGGCAACGGCUCCUUUGCUUCCGGGUGGUUGCUCGUCACGAGUCAAACACAGGGUCCCGUACAAGCCCAGCCCGCAGACAUGGAUGGCGACGGCGUGCUCGAUAUCGUGUGUGCUAGCCUGCAUGAUGCAAAGCUUGCCUGGUAUCACAACGACGGUCUUGGUCACUUUGUCGAACAUGUGAUCAGCCAACAGCUGCCGGAUGUCCUCUUCGUGCGCCUGGCUGACCUCACUUUGGACGGCAGCUUGGACAUUCUGGUGGCGCAAAACAGUGGAGCCCUGUCAUGGUUUGGCAAUGAGGGUGCGGGAACGUUUGCCGCUUCAGUGCCCAUUCGCUUCGCCAACAUCCUUUUUCUGCAGAGCAUGGACGUGGUUGAUCUCGAUGGCGACGGCCUACCUGACAUUCUCUGCGGCGACGCUUUUGACAACACUGUGACGUGGUUUCGCAGCAUCGGGAUCAAACCAGCCUUUUCCCAAGCCCGCGUCUUGCCCGCUUUUGUGCACCGGCCACUCAUGGCCGUGCCCGGUGAUCUCAACGGUGAUGGACAUAUUGAUGUGGUGUCGGCCAGCACGGACGAUAGUCGCCUGACAUGGUACCCCAAUCCAGGCAACGGGGCCUUCACGGGUACUCAGCACAUUAUAUCCCAGCAGAUCCUGACCAUCAUGAGCUUGGCCGUGGCCGACCUCGACAACGAUCAGGACCUCGAUAUUUUGUGCGCAGGCUCGGGCCUGGAUCAAGUGGCCUGGUUCCAAAACAACGGCGGGGGUCAUUUUGCCGAUGAGCCGCGCUUCAUCUCUACAGCAGCGGCGGGGGCUGUAGCAGUUCUUGCCGCAGAUCUUGAUGGCGACGGGGCGUUGGACGCUGUGGUAGGACGGGGCGAUGAUAACACAAUUGUUUGGCACCGCAACAAUGGCCAAGGCGAGUUUGGGCCGGCCACGCCCCUGUCAACCACUGCACACAUGCCGUGGGGCCUGUUUGCAGCCGACCUGGACGAUGACGGGGAUUUGGACGUGCUGAGUGCCAACUAUGGCAAUGACCGGAUCUCGUGGUAUCGGAACAACGGGGCGGCUGGCUUUGGUACCGAGCUCGUCAUCACCGCCUCUGCUGACGGCGUGCGGGGUGUUUUUGCCGCCGACCUUGAUAAUGAUGGCGACUUGGACGUGCUCAGCGCCAGCAUAAAUGAUAAUAAGGUUGCUUGGUACGUCAAUGACGGAGAUGGCAACUUCAACUUUCAGGAACGUGUCAUUUCAACCUCCAUUAAUGGGGCCUCGGCCAUUUCGGCCGUCGACUUGGACGGCGACGGUGACCAAGAUGUCCUGGUGUCUGGCAUCUCUGGAAACACGGUGGCGUGGUUCGAAAAUCUGGGCGACGGUACAUUUGUUCCAGUACCAGUCGUCUUGACGACGGAACUGUAUGGAGCAAGCUGGGUGGCUGCUGCAGAUUUUGACAACGACACUCGACUUGAUAUCCUGAGCCCAGCGAUGCGGGCCGGAGAUAUUCAAUGGUUUCAUAAUCCGGGCACAACGGCAGUCCCUUCCGCGUCGUCACCUCUGUUGGUGCCAUCUACCGCGUCAGGGUCGUCGGACCAUGUGGUUGUGGUUGUGGUUGUGGUUGUGGUUGCGCUAGUGGCGCUGGUAUUUGGCGUGGUCUUGACCGCUCGCUAUCGCCGGAAGCGCUUCAAUGCGGUGCGACAAGCCCUAUAUGGUGACAACACCAUGCCAAUGUCAUCAGCCGAGCAGAUACAACUAUGCCUGUCCCAAUUUCAAGCCAGCUGCGCGCGAAAUGCCGGUCUUGACCCGUCCUCGACCACAACAACCCGUUCACUCAAUCUUGUGUCUCGUGCCACGCGCGUGCAGAAGCCAUUCAAAGCCCAACUGCAAAGUGACUCUGCUCUUGUUUGGGUACAAAUCAUCGUUUCUUCUGAUGUGAAAUUUCAGGCCGUGCCUCUGCGACACGCAAGCGAACUUCAGGGCCGCGCUGUGCUAGCACUAAAGACGUUUGAGCGUAUCGAGCUUCGAGCAGGUGGCAACUUGUGUUUUGACCGUGUGCCAACCUGGUGGCCGGGCCGUCGCAGCAUUCCGAUUGCUCUCGUGCUCGAAUUUGCGGAUCAAGGAGAUUUGCGCACACACUUACGCAAACGGAUAGGCCAGUUGACGACCAACACCAAGACAGUCAGCCGUUUUGUAUCCAAGGAUCACGAUUACUACCGGGCAGCCCAGUUGGAUGACUUGCCGUUCCGGUCCGUCACGUUUUUGAUCGAUUGUCAGGGCCUUCCGUGCAUGGACCUCAACUGA